AUGGGCGCACUCUCGGCAAUUGAUAGACGACAUCACAGCGAACUACAACCCAUCAAAACUAUCUCCGACACCCCAUAUGAAUCACAAACACAAGCGAGACAGCGCGCGAGAAGUUCCGCCCAUCCCACGACAUUAUUACCGAGUCCAAGUAUCGUAGCAGCACGCGCCUACCAUAUUGCAACAAUACCAAUUGAACAGCAGAGGCGUGAAAGCUUCGUUGAGAGUCAAGAGCUUCCACGAAGACAUUCGCUGCUAUCUACAACCAAAACUCUGGCAUUGCAACUGGGAAGCUUCCGUUUCUCCGCAGGACAUCAUGGCUUGUCACCUGUGCCGGAAGCCGGAGAGAUUUCAACGAAAGUCAAGGUAGAAGAGUUGUCGGAUGUAUCUACGAAUGAAGUCCAUGAUGCACAUGAGAUCUUGUCUCCAGGAUGGAGUGCGUCUACGUUGUGCGCAAAACCGCAGGAGUAUUUUCUCCAGGUUCCAUUUCAGUACACACACAAUCACCUCAGAGAUUGGGGAUUCGCCUAUUUAGGUAACUCGGCAACAGCAGAUGCUUUUGUCAACGCUGUCAGCCUUCGUCGGCCAAGUAUGGCUGUUGGACUGGGAAAUGAGGCAGAGAUAAAGUUAAACACGCAUUUAGUCACUAUCCGAGCAAGAGUUGUGCCACGAGGGAAAGACCGGAAGCCAUUCUUGAUGCAGAAGCAAUUCGAUAUCGAGGAGCUCAGAAAAAGCAUUCCCGAGGUUACAAGCGAACCAGGAGAAAGCGAAGGCUCUCCUGUUCUCAGAAGAUCCCCCAGAACUCGACGGUCGUCAACCCAAGUAAAUACGGACAUUUUUCCAACAGAGAUCACUAGCACAAAGAGAAAGCAUAGAUCUCCAUCUCCUGGGAAUGGCUCCCUCCCCAUCCAUAUAGAAUAUGCACUGCACUAUCUACCAGUCCUUGGAGCUCUGAUGCUGUCCGGCCACGUCCGAAAGGGAGACUCUAUCGACCUCCCAAUUCCACACCCUGACGCAUGGCGAGAUGUCCUCACUUACAUCUACACCGGUCGAGGAAACCAUGGACGACUCACAGCUGCCAUGAAAGAGAAUAUCCUCUUCCUAGCCGGCCACGCCUAA